CGUAACGUGCCCGAAGUGUUUUAUGCGCAGUGCGAGCUCCAAUAUCUCAGCUAUCCGCAAUGUUUCGCAGCCGUAGUUGGUUCGGUGGUGGUUGGAACCGUCCCAAGAACCGUCUGUCGCUCGAUCACCUAAAAUAUCUGUACAGCGUGCUGGAACGUAAUACGACCGUCUCGGAGAGCAAUCGUGGUCUGCUGGUGGAAUCGUUGCGUUCGAUUGCGGAAAUUCUCAUCUGGGGCGAUCAGAAUGAUUCGUCCGUGUUCGACUUCUUCCUGGAGAAGAACAUGCUCUCGUACUUCCUGCAUAUCAUGCGCCAGAAAAGCGGAGGUUCCAGCUUCGUUUGCGUACAGCUCCUGCAAACGCUAAACAUUCUGUUCGAAAACAUACGAAACGAAACCUCUCUCUAUUAUUUGCUCAGCAAUAAUUUGGUCAACUCGAUCAUCGUCCACAAGUUUGACUUCUCCGACGAGGACGUGAUGGGUUACUAUAUUCUGUUCCUGAAAACACUCAGCCUCAAGCUGAACACGCACACGAUACACUUCUUCUACAACGAGCACACGAACGAUUUUCCGCUUUACACGGAAGCGAUCAAAUUCUUCAACCACCCCGAGUCGAUGGUUCGUAUCGCGGUGCGUACGAUCACACUGAACGUCUAUCGGGUGCAGAAUCCGAACAUGCUGCAGUUCAUACGGGACAAAACGGCCGCCCCGUACUUCAGCAAUCUCGUUUGGUUCAUUGGCAAGCACAUCCUCGAGCUCGAUGCGUGCGUACGAAAUGACAUUGACCACCAAUCGCAGCACCGACUGGCGAAUCUCGUGGCGGAACACUUGGAUCAUCUUCACUACCUGAACGACAUUCUCUGUCUCGAUAUUGCCGACCUGAAUGCGGUGCUGACCGAGCAUCUCCUGCACAAGCUGUUCGUGCCGUUGUACAUAUUCUCGCUCACACCAUCGCCACCGAUUUCGAUGGCCGUCGUGACGCGUAAUUUGGCGGCCGUCCUCAACAAGGUAGUCGAUAUUGACAUCAAGGAGAUGAACAAUCCGCGUGUUGCCAGCGUCGUGGCACUGUUUCUGCUGUCCCUCGUCUUUCUGGUGAUCACGCACCGCCCGCUGAUCAAUGCGCUCACGUGGGUCAUCUUGAAUGCCGAUCACACCGUGUUCAAAGAAGGGGCCGCACAGGUGUUGAACGCUUACAUCGAUAACCGGGAGGUAGUGGCGCUCGGGUUCGGUCAACCGGUUGAAAGUUUGGAGGAAGCGCUAGAAAGUACAGUGGCGACGGGUUCAAGUUACGGAGCUGAACAUGCGGGCGACGAAACGAAUCCGAAAAGCCCAAAAAGUAGCAGCAGCAGUAGCGGCAACAGUGGUAACAGCAGCAACAGCAGCUCAUCAGCCAACAAUGAACCUCCUGUUUCGAAUUCCCCUAGUCCACCGACACUUUCCGAGGAGAUCGAGAAGGUCAACAUAACCGAUGAGGAGAAGGAAAAGUUGCUGCUCAAUGCGUACCGCACACCGGAGACGAAUCGUCCCUUCCUCGACAUGGUUCUAUCGUCAUUGGAGUGCGUCGAAAAUGACUAUCACGCACUGCUGGCGCUGUGUUUGCUGUACGCGUUGGCCAACAAUAAAGGUGUGAAUUCCGAAUGGCUGGAGAUCGUGUUAAACCGUUCGUCGCCCGUUAACCGCACGCAGUACAAUGUGAUACUGAUCGAGAAGUUGUUGCAGAUCGUCAAUAUUUCCAGUCAACCAUCGUGUCGGAUACGUUUGGUAACAACGGAACUAGGGCUGAAGCUUCUCGCGCAGAUUAUCGGGGCUGGCGAAGAUUCGAGUGCUGUCCCGGAGGAAUACCGACUGGCACUGAAUCAGGCGCGCAAUCAAGCGAUGAAUGUGUUGAAAAACUUCUACAAAUCCGAAGACAUAUUUCUGGACCUAUUCGAGGAUGAGUACAACGAGAUGCUAAAAUCGACGUUGAAUGUGGAAUUUCUUUGCAACGAUUCCGCCAUCCUGCUACCACCAACCGGAACACCCCUGACGGGGAUCAGUUUCACGCGCCGGCUACCGUGUGGUGAGGUGGAAAAGGCUCGCCGUGCCAUUCGUGUGUUCUUUCUGCUGCGACGCAUGUGUCAGACGAUUACCGACGAGCGGGAAACACUUCUUCCUCUAACCAAUUCGGCUCAGUGUGUUCAGUUAGAUAAUGCACUCGAUCUGAAUAAUAGCGAUCUGAUCGCUUGCACCGUGGUGAUGCGUGACGGAACCAAGUACCGUCGGUUUCUGGUGAUGGAUAUUCUGCAGCUGAUACUGGUCGAGCCGGACAGUAAACGGUUAGGUUGGGGUGUGGCCAAGUUCGUUGGCUUCUUGCAGGACGUUGAGGUGAACGGCGACAAGGAGGAUUCGCGAAGUCUGCAUUUGACCAUCCACCGGGGAGGGGCCACCAAUAACCGGACACCCAUUCUGUCGGCCAAGUUCCUGUUCGAUGAUCACAUCCGAUGUAUGGCAGCGAAGCAACGGCUUACGAAAGGGCGUAGCAAAGCACGCCAGAAGAAAAUGUUUCAAAUCGCCCAGCUGCUCGAAAUUCCUGGUCAGCUGAGUGAGUCGGCGUUUCCCUCGCUUACGGGUGGUGCAACUGCUGGACCAGGAUUGCGUCACGGUGGCAGUGGACGACGUCAAACAGGCGAGCACAGGCCACUGUUUUCCACCAGCAACCGUGUGCCAGGUGUUGCAGCCGCUUUGCGCCGAGACAGUAUGCCCUCCGGAAGCGUCGUUAGUCGUGUACAGAUCAGUGCGAGUCGCUCAACCGAAGGCGAACCGACCGGUGCACGACGGAAGUUAGUAGUAUCCGGAGCAGCACGUCGCGAAAGCAGCCAACCUAUUGGCGUCUCUUCCAGCGCAAUGAAAUCGCGCGAAUGUUCACGCAAUCGCUCCGGAACUCCCCGGUCCCGGGAAUCGAGUCCUCGCAUUCCGAGACCUCGAUCGGAAGAGAUUCCUCUGGAAGAUUUUCGUCGUUCGCAAAACUCCAGUCCUGUGUCACGCGGUUCCUCCAAUAAUGCUUCGCGUGCGCACACUCCGUCACGCCUCACGAUGGAACCGCUGAGCGUGGCCACCGUAAGUGGCAGUGGUGGUGGUGGUCUUGGCAUUACGAACGCAAAUGGCAGUGGUAACAUCCUUACCGUAACCCUUAAGGAUCAGCAGAUUCCCAUCUCUUUUCCGGUGGCUAGUGCUGCUGCUGGUGUUAGUGGAGCGACAGCACCAGCAACAGGGUCCACCGCCCUUCCAACCUCGACUGCGGUUCCGCCGGAGGAACUAAGCCCGACGUCGGAAGAAACGUCGUUUAUUGCGAACGAGGAGCGACAAAAGAAGCGUGGUGUAGUCGAAACUGUGUAAACCGGCGAAGCUUACACAAAGAUGGUUUCUUCUUCUUUUGUAUUGAUUUUCGUUGUUAUGCCGAGUACGUUUUAUUG